UAUAUAAAAUCCGCCACGGUGCUCUCCAUCUUCCAUAUCAUCUCUUCCGAUCCGUCAGCUAAAGGUCAUCAGUUUAAUUCUGCUUAACACUGCUCGACCGGAAAAUGGUACAGAGUACCGCGGUGCUUGUAGCGUUGCUGGGUAUAACCGCUGUCUAUGCCGGGUCAUAUGGUGGCGGUGGUGGAGGAUUAUACGGUGGCGGUGGCGGGUACAACAGCGGAUAUUAUGGUGGCGGGGGACUGCAGUAUGGUGGCGGCGGGUACGGUGGUGGAGGUUAUGGCGGCGGAGGGGGCCUGUACGGAGGAGGUGGACUAUAUGGAGGUGGCGGAUUAUACGGAGGCGGGUUAAACAAUGGUGGAUAUUAUGGCGGCGGAGGGGGAUUAUACGGUGGAGGUGGGCUGUAUGGCGGUGGAGGAUACGGUGGUGGAGGCCUUUACGGCGGCGGCGGUUACGGUGGCGGUGGGUUGUACGGAGGUGGCGGGUACGGGGGAUACGGUGGAGGUUUGAUGGGCGGUUACGGAGGAGGAUACGGUGGCGGAGGGUACGGAGGCGGAGGGUAUGGAGGUGGCGGGUACGGAGGUGGAGGUUAUGGAGGCGGUGGUCUCAUUGGAGGGGGAUACGGAGGAGGAUACAACAGUGGUGGAUACGGUGGAUACCAGAGCGGUCUGUCCGGCAGUUUUUACGGCAAAAAAUAACGCAAACUAUAACUGCUUUUUUUUACAACGGGUUUACAUGACGUUUAAGUUGAUACUCGUAAAUUAUUUGACCCUUUUCAAAUUGCAAAGAGUGGCAGAAGUAAUCUUUUAUAAAGGUCACUGAAGUUAACGUUAAAAUCAACGACGACAUGCUGUUUCACGUUUUCAGUAAGGCCCUUAUUAGAAAAAAAACCAUUGAUUUGGAAUUCCAGGGCAUUUGGAAGUAUUAAGGAUGUGUUAAAAGUAAAUGAGCUGGUAUGGUGUCAGCCUUUUUGUUGACUGCCGGAGAUAUGUCCAUAAUAAAUUAAAACAUUAGCCCUGUGCGACCUCCGUAUAAAAUGUGAAUUGCUUGCAUGCAUUAUUUGCACCCGCAUGA